GCUCCCCAGCUCCCUAGUCUGUUGGUUAGCGCCGGCUCCUCCUCUCCCGGCGCUGGUCCCGGCUCUCCCUCUCCUUCCACGUUGGUAGGCGCCGGCCCCCCCGCACCUCCCCCCCGCUUCGCGUUGGUUGGCGCCGGGCUCCCCUGUUCGCUGCAGUGGUUCGGCCGCGGCGACCCCUCAGCGGCGCGUCCCCCGCCGCGGUCCCGCUCCGCUUCUUCCCGAAGCCGCGCGCCCGCGCCCGUCGGUCGGCGGACCCGCACCGCCCCCCCGUGAGGCCCCACGGCCUCCCACCCGCCAUGGUCCGCCCGCGCCGUGCCCCGCACCGCUCCGGCGCCGGGGGCCCCCUCGGAGGUCGUGGCCGGCCACCGCGGCCCCUGGUCGUCCGCGCCGUGCGCUCACGUUCCUGGCCUGCGGGUCCUCGAGGCCCGCAGCCACCGCGGAUCCGGGCUCGUUCGGCCCCUCCCAUGGAAGGUGCUCGAGUCUUUGGGGCCCUGGGACCUAUUGGGCCGUCGUCGCCUGGGCUGACUCUUGGGGGACUUGCAGUGAAUGAGCACCGACUCAGCAACAAACUGCUGGCCUGGAGCGGCGUGCUGGAGUGGCAGGAGAAGCGUAGACCCUUCUCGGACUCCACAGCAAAACUGAAGCGCACCCUGCCCUGCCAGGCCUAUGUGAACCAGGGCGAGAACCUGGAGACGGACCAGUGGCCGCAGAAGCUGAUCAUGCAGCUCAUCCCGCAGCAGUUGCUGACCACACUGGGCCCCCUGUUCCGAAACUCUCAGCUGGCCCAGUUCCACUUCACCAACAGAGACUGUGACUCCCUCAAAGGCCUCUGCCGCAUCAUGGGCAAUGGCUUCGCGGGCUGCAUGCUCUUCCCCCACAUCUCCCCGUGCGAGGUGCGCGUGCUCAUGCUGCUCUACUCGUCUAAGAAGAAGAUCUUCAUGGGCCUCAUCCCCUACGACCAGAGCGGCUUCGUCAACGCCAUCCGCCAGGUCAUCACCACCCGCAAACAGGUCGUGGGCCCUGGAGGUGUGCACUCCGGACCUGUUCAGAUUGUCAACAACAAAUUCUUGGCAUGGAGUGGUGUCAUGGAGUGGCAGGAGCCCAGGCCUGAGCCCCACAGCCGGUCCAAGAGGUGGCUGCCGUCCCACGUCUACGUGAACCAAGGGGAGAUCCUGAGGACGGAUCAGUGGCCUCGGAGGUUGUUCAUGCAGCUCAUCCCACAGCAGCUGCUGACCACCCUUGUGCCGCUGUUCCGGAACUCGCGCCUGGUACAGUUCCACUUCACCAAGGACAUGGAGACGCUGAAGAGCCUGUGCCGGAUCAUGGACAAUGGCUUCGCGGGCUGCGUGCACUUCUCCUACAAGGCCUCGUGUGAGGUGCGCGUGCUCAUGCUGCUCUACUCCUCGGAGAAGAAGAUCUUCAUUGGCCUCAUCCCGCACGACCAGAGCAACUUCGUCAACGGUAUUCGUCGUGUCAUUGCCAACCAGCAGCAGGUCCUGCAGCGGAGCCUGGAGCAGGAGCAGCAGCAGCGAGGGAUGGGUGGCUAGUGGACUCCUAGGCUGGGCGGGCCACAGUCCCAGCCAGGCCCCGUGGAGACUGGUGAGCAGCACUUGUCUGUGGGAAGCAGCAGGGUGGCCCUGGCCUCAGACCUGCUGCAUGCGUCACUGCCUCCUGUUACCAAUAUCCCUGGCAAGGAAUGGGCGCCAGGGCCACAGCCUGAAUCCUGGGGGGUAGGGUGCAGUUUCACUAGUAGAAGCCACCCCUCCUACUGCCUCCCAGGUCAGAUGCUUCUGAGCAGGGGCUCCUGGGAACUGUACCCGCCCAGCAACCUGGAGGACAGCGUCCUGGUCUCCCAAGGAUGGUCCUUGUCCCUGUAUGUUUCCCUAAUAAAGCCUUUUAACCCA